AUGGCGGAAAUAACGAAAGGACUGGCCCUCUUAUUCGAUAGGCCUAAUGAGCCGUUGGUGACACCAAAAGGCGAUAACAACGCCGUUUUUCAGUUAACCGACGAAUACUUGACGGAUGACUAUAAGAGUAAUGGAAUAGAAAUUAACAACCGAUUCACUGGUAACGCUACGGAUUUAAUCCCCUUGGAGAAUUUGAAACGAGUACCAAAAUUCACAAAAUCAAGGCAACUUCCGAAGAAUUCAGACUUCUCACUAUUUUUACCCUCCCACCAAAGAAUGGCUGAUGAAGUUAUAGAUGAACUAAUGGCUGUUCCUGAUGGAGAUUUAAACCAGUUCCUAUCCACAUGUACUUAUGCUAGAGUCAACCUCAACCCACAACUCUUCAAUUACUGCUACAGUGUCGCCCUAAUGCACAGACGUGACACAAGAAAUAUUCCGAUUGCAAACUUCGCAGAGACAUUUCCAUCAAAAUUUGUUGAUUCUCAAGUUUUCUCACAGGCUCGUGAGACAGCUGCUAUUGCUGCUCAAGGGGCUCCACGCACUCCAAUCAUUAUUCCAAGAGAUUAUACGGCGACUGAUUUGGACAUUGAACAUCGUUUAGCGUACUUUCGGGAAGAUAUAGGUGUUAAUCUUCACCAUUGGCAUUGGCAUCUUGUAUACCCAUUCACUGCUAAUCAGAGAGAAAUUGUUGCCAAGGACAGGCGCGGGGAGUUAUUCUACUACAUGCAUCAGCAAAUUAUUGCUCGAUACAACGGCGAGCGACUUAACAACGCUCUAGCUAGAGUGAAGAAAUUUAAUAAUUUCAAUGAACCCAUUCCUGAAGCGUACUUCCCAAAGCUGGACAGCCUUACGUCUUCGCGAGGCUGGCCCCCGCGGCAGUCGGGCAUGAAAUGGCAAAACCUCAACAGACCUGUUGAUGGACUCAAAGUCACUAUUGCCGAUAUGGAACGCUGGCGGAGGAACGUGGAAGACGCUGUUGCUACUGGACUAGUGCAAUUGCCUAACGGAUCAAUGCGACCACUAGAUAUAGACACACUGGGCAACUUAAUAGAAGCUAGUGUACUGUCACCAAAUAGAGACUUCUAUGGCGACCUCCACAACAACGGCCACAGCUUCUCUGCGUAUAUGCAUGACCCCACACAUAAGUAUCUGGAGUCAUUCGGCGUCAUGGGAGACGAGGCGACCACGAUGCGCGACCCCUUCUUCUUCCGUUGGCAUUCAUUCAUCGAUGAUCUCUUCCAUAAAUUCAAAGAGUCUACCCAUGUCCCACGAUACACACGUUCUGAGUUGGAGAACAGAGAUGUGAAAAUAACAUCGGCACGUAUAGAAUCCUCUGGCGGGGAAACCAACACUUUGAAUACGUUCUGGAUGGCCAGUGACGUAGAUCUAUCCCGCGGUCUCGACUUCUCAAACAGAGGAGCGGUUUAUGCGCGAUUCACACAUCUGAACCAUCGAGACUUCCAAUACGUGAUCGAAGCGCAGAACGAUGGCGACGCUAACCGUGGUACCGUGCGCAUCUUUAUGGCGCCCAAGUUCGACGAACGUAAUCUGCCAUGGACUCUCUCUGAUCAGCGAAAGAUGUUCAUCGAAAUGGACAGAUUUGUCGUUCCAUUAAACCGUGGCCGCAACGUGAUCACUCGCCGUUCCACUGAAUCAAGCGUAACGAUCCCAUUCGAGCAAACCUUCCGCGACCUGAGCCGGCAGGGAACGAACCCAAAACAGCAGAGUCUGGCCGCCUUCAACUACUGCGGCUGUGGCUGGCCACAACACAUGCUGGUGCCCAAGGGAACCGAAGCUGGAGCCUCUUACGAACUUUUUGUUAUGAUCUCGAACUACAAGCUAGACGCGGUUAUCCAAGAAGAUGGUUCCGAAAUGAGUUGCAAACAAGCAUCAAGCUUCUGUGGAAUACGCGACAGACUUUACCCCGACAAGAGGGCAAUGGGCUAUCCAUUUGAUCGUCCUUCAAGCACUGCCACAAGCAUCCAAGACUUCCUACUGCCAAACAUGGCUUUGACCGAUAUUACAAUCAAGUUACAAAAUGCUACAGAACCGAACCCUCGCAAUCCUACAAAUUAA